AUGUUAUAAGAACUUAAAAGUCAAUUACACUAUUUAUCAGAAAACAAUAAAAAAAAUUAAUAAUGCAUUAAAGACCUUUUUAUAUAAUUUUAAGAAAUUCAGGUGAAUUAUCGAAAUAAAAAUUCUAUUGAUAAGCCUAAAUCGGAUUUAUUUCAUAAAGUGAGACCUGAAGUGAUAAACUAAAUACUUAUAUUCCUUGAUUUCAUUACUGUAUAAAAAUUUAGAUUAGUAAGCAAAAGAACCAAUUACAUUGUCUUACAUUUGUUGCCAAUCAUAUUUUAAAAUUAAUUAUAUUAAAUUUAGAAUAUUGAAAAUGACAUAUAGGAAUAUGUCUAAAAUAAUCCAAAUUCUCCAUAAUAAGAGGAGAUCGUUAAAUAAGCCAUAGAUAAAAGUGUUAAUGAAGUGAAAUAAAUAAAAAUGUAAGAUAUAGCAAUCUUAAGGACAUUACAUAAUCCUCCAAUGAUUGUAGAAACAAUAUUUCAAUAUUUAAUGAUCCUAUUAGAUUUUAAUCAAGAGAGUUAAAAAUCAUGGGCAUAAUCAUAAAAAUUAAUUUAACAUCAAUAAUUUCAUCAAAAAUUAACUAAUAUAGAUUAUGAAUCAAUUAGUGAUCGUUAAUUGCAUCUUUUAUAGCCAAUUAAAGAUAUUAUUGGAGAAUAGGUUCGAGAUGUAUCAAUUGAGGCAUUUAAAAUUUAUCAAUUUAUUUAAACCAUUGUUUUGUCAAAUGAAUGUCUGAAAUAACUCAAUUAUAAAUAAUUAUAGAAGAAAAAAAAGAAACUUAUAACGAGACACUAAGUGAUUGAAAAAUUGAUAGCGAAAUAUUAAUGA